AUGUCAAAAUUAUCAUCAUUCCCAUUACUCGACAAGAUAAUUUCUCAUUCGAAGAAAUCACCUUCAUCACUAGCGAUAAUUGAUACCCCCUUAUCAACCAAAAUAACCUAUCAUGAACUGUGUUCAGAUAUCUUAUCAUUAUCAAGUAUACUGUCUCCUCUUAUCACGAAACCAGAAGCUAGAGUAGUUGUAUUAUGUGAAAAAGGUUACCUGGUCCCCUUGGCGAUGUUGUCAAUUUGGACUUCGGGUGGAUUAAGUGUACCGUUGUUACCAAGUUUACCAUUACCUGAACAAAGUUAUAUGACGACCAAUUCGGAAUCAAGUCUUAUUGUUACCGACGGGAAAAAUAAGAAAAGAGCAGAGGAGUUAUUGGAAGAAAUCGGGAAAGAAGGUCGGGAGGCUAAGAUCUUAGAAAUCAAUUUGAAUGAAAUUAGAGAAAGUAAAGACAAGAAAGAUGAAAGGGAUGUUGAAGAAGUUUUGAGCGGAUUGGAACAAUUAGACGGUGAUAGGAGAGCUAUGAUGCUUUUCACUAGUGGGACAACGGGUAGACCUAAAGGUGUAGUUACUAGACAUUCAGCUUUAGCAGCACAGGUGCAAGCUGUUGCUGAAGCGUGGAGAUGGGGCAAUUCUGAUCACCUCCUUCAUGUUCUGCCUUUGAACCAUCUUCACGGUAUUGUAGUCGCCUUAUUACCGACUUUAUGGUCAGGAGCUACGGUAGAAUUGUGGGAAAAAUUCGAUGGUCCAGCUAUAUGGAAAAGGUGGAUCAACGACGAAGGUCAAGAACCCAUAACAAUGUUCUUCGGUGUUCCAACUGUGUAUUCCCGACUUAUCGCUGCACAUUCGACUCUUUCUCCAGACCUCCAGAAACGCGCUACAGAAGCGUCAUCGACUCUCAGACUCCAAGUAUCGGGCUCCGCACCCUUGCCUGAAAGUGUCAAGAAAACAUGGGAACAGCCAGGUGGUGUAGGUGGCGGACAAAUCUUAUUGGAAAGAUACGGAAUGACAGAAACUGGAAUCAUCGCUGGAACUGGCUGGGAACAUGAGAAGAGGGUUAAGGGUCAUGUCGGAUUUCCUCUACUUGGAGUAGAAAUCAGAUUAUGGGAUGAAGAGAAUAAUAAGGAGAUUACAAAACAAGAAGUCUCAGGAGAAGUACAAGUACGCGGACCACCUAUCACCAAAGAAUAUUGGCGAUUACCUGAAGCAACAAUUAAGGAGUUCCAUGAUGGAUGGUUCAAGACUGGUGAUGUAGGAGUAUACUCCUCAGAUCCUUUGGCACCUGGGCAACUGAGGAUAUUAGGUAGAAACAGUACGGAUAUAAUCAAAUCUGGUGGUGAGAAAAUAAGUGCUGUAGAAAUUGAAAGAGCUAUUUUGGAAUUGGAAGGUAUGAAAGAUUGUGCCGUCGUUGGUGUUGAUGAUGAAGAAUGGGGUCAAGUUGUCUCGGUAUGUCUCGUCACUACACGACCGGAAGUCACAAUUGCGGAUCUACGUAAAGAAUUGAGGAAUAUCAUUGCUCCCUACAAAUUACCUAAAAAAUUGAAGAUCUAUCAAGGAGAAAUCCCUAGAAAUAACAUGGGCAAAGUGAAUAAGAAGAAACUCGUUUUAGAAGCUUUCCCUCCUAAACCCGUAGCGUAG